CAGGGGGGUGUGGGACCCUAAAGAUCUGAAGAAAAACAAACGUCAAAACCACGGGAAACAUUGGAACAAAUACGCAAGAAUUCAAAGAAGGAAGAAAUGUCCCGUCCGAACGAGAGAAUAAAUACUGAUGGUUUAUUUAACGAUAGUUCUUCGAAUGUAGGAAUGGACAGCGUUGGGGAAGAAACACCGCUUUUAACCGUUCGAAGUCGAGGUAAGAAUAUGAGCAGUUUUGGUCUAGCUCUUCAAAAACGUCCAAAUGUAUUGGCCAAAUAUUGGUUUCAAUUUUAUAUCUCACGUGAGAGUUCGGGUGUAAUGAAAUAUCCAACCACGGUUAAUAGAAUGGAUCCAACCAAUCCGAUGUUUUUCAUUUGCCCAUGAUGACGUUUUGCAGCGAGUAAAUGGCCAUUUUUAAAAGCAAAUUUUUGAAAUAAUAUUGAAGGAAAAUUGACAACAUUUAAGGCUGUUGUCUAUUCGGUAAUAGUGUAUAAAUAGACACACAGUGUGAUGUCAUAGCGUGGUGGAACAAAGGGAAAAUGGAGAGUGGUACACUAUUACACUGAUAUUUCUAUGUGAUGAUGACAUCCUUUAGUGAGAAAGAGAUUUACAUGCUAUUUGAUUUUUCCAUUGUCUUUGAAAAACAAAGCAUGUCAUUCUAAGAAGUCAGAGAACUGUAAUUGGCUUGAAAAUAUGACAUAACUAGAGAUGCACCAGAUAUAAUCCGAUUAUCCAGUAUCUGGCUGGAUUUUAGAAAUAUCUAGGAAAAUACCAUAUUAUCUAUCUAUCAUUAUCUAAUAAAAUCAUCAAUAAUAAAAUUACUUAAAUCCGUUUACACAAUUAAGAAUUUAAUCAUCAUUAUGAGUAAAAUUGACAAGUAAAAUUGUCUGGUGCACGUUAGACAAAGUAAAAUAAUAAAGUAGGGUGCAUCAGGGCACUUUGCGGUCUUUGCCACUUAAAAGGUUAACAGGAUGCAUGGCGGGCAGUCUGAUUAACUCAUUGAGUGGCAGCACUCCCCCCCCCCCCUUGAAGAGUAAGAUCAUCUGGCAUUACUGUCAGAUUGUGUCAAUUUAAAUAAUAAUUAAUAAGUAGGGUGCAUAAGGGCAAAUCUAAACGUAAAGGUUUAUUGUAUUUCUUAUAGCGCUGCCAUAAACUACCAAUUUUAAUAACAGACUGAGGUGAAUGUUAUUUCAUGACAUUAUAAAUGAAUGAUUCUCUAUUCAUUGCAGAUAGAAAACAACAUGGACAAUUGUCAACAUUUUUUGGUGUCAUUAUUCCAUGUACACUGUCAAUGUUUAGCAUUAUCCUGUUCCAACGUAUUGGAUAUGUCAUAGGCCAGGUGGGUUAAUAAAAUUUUUGACUAAAUUUGAUUCUAACAUGUUUUGCGAGUAAUGGACUGUCUGAAGUGAUGAUUAAAGGCCAUUGAGGCCGACUCACAGAUGACCAAUGUUGAGGCCGACUCACAGAUGACCAUUGAGGCCGACUCACGGAUGACCAUUGAGGCCAACUCAUGGAUGAGAUCAAAUGAAAGUGACAGAAAGAAAUAGUGUGGUCAUGUUCACAGCUAUCACACUUGGAACUCGACGGUAUAUGAAUGAGAGGAAUGAACAUGUCUCUUGUGUCGACAAAUUGGACCAUAUACAAAGCUUCAGCUUGGUGUCGAGGCUGCGUUGUGGGUAGAUUGUAAACCUGAAUAUUACGCCUUUGUCCAUUGUGCUCACAUGUGUUCUGUUGCAACAGUAAGGUUUUAGUUUCAAGUAUACCAUUACCUCAUGGCUGUCACACGUUUUGAGCUACUUGUCCUUUCUGUCAAUCAGUGGAACAAUUCUUCAAAUGUAGAGUGAUCUGUCAAGUUAAUUUUAACCCAUAGAGAGCUACCGCUCUUCCCUUAACAAGUAAAAUCAUCAGAGGAAAAUAAUAAAGUGACAUACAUUUGGCUAAAAUUAAAGUUAGUACACAAAUUAUUUGGUAGCAUUGGUAACACUUUUACAUGUUGAUAAUGUCAUCUGGCUAUUCUUCCAUCAAUAUUUAUUUGGAAUUUUCAGGUUGGGUUUGUUGUGUCCUGUGCUCUGUUAUUUGUGGCAUACUUUGUGACAGGACUAACCACGCUCUCAGUGUCGGCAAUAUCAACAAAUGGAAAUGUGAAAGGAGGUGGUGUGUACUGUAUCCUUUUAUAGCAAGUUUUUAAUGCAACCCACUAUUUUCUCUGUCUUGUGCUAGGCAUCUAGACAAAGUCCUGAAGGUAUUCAGGUCUUGCAGACACAGAGGAAUAUUACGUCAUGCUAGAAACACAAAAUUUUGGGAUGGCAAAAAUAAUAAACAGGUUGAGAAAAUUCACCAGAAGUAACCUGCAAAACUGAGGACAUGGUUAAACGUGCUGAAAAACACCGGAAGCCUACAUUAUUUUAUAUAUCUUUACCUCUAUUUUAACUUAACAUGAAGUACAGUUAUGAUAAGUCGAGCAUUGGGACCAGAAUUUGGUGGCUCAAUUGGAGUAAUAUUUUAUGUUGCCAAUAUCGUCUCAUCUGGCCUGUAUUUAAUUGGUAAGUUUUUCAGUGAUAUUUUAAUUAAAACAUGAGUGACUGUGUUGUAUUGGACAUACAAACUCAAGCCGAUAGUUUGUAUAUCCGAUACAACAUGGACGCAAAUGUUGUAAACAACUUGUGAAAUGCCUUGAUGAGAACAUUCAUAUUCUUCAACAAUUUAAAAUGAUAUUUGGUGAGAAAAUUGAACUUGAAGUUUAUGUCAAACUCCUUCACGUUCAUGGCUUCUAUUGUGCUUUCUUCAUGAAUUAUUGAGUUUCACAAAUAAUUGCUUUCUUAUUCCUCCACAAAGCAGUCUGAUAUAUACUUUUCGCUAGCGUUGUUACAGCAUAUUAACUUAAUUAUUCUGAUAGGCAAUGCAAUUGUCAUGGGAAGAUGUACUUGCGUAAGACAUUCGCUCAAAAUAAUCACCUAAGCGAUUUUCGAAAUUUUCGAUUUUUAUUUUACCUCUUUGUUUUAUUACUAUAAAGGACUCAGAGAGAUUUUUCUUUGUCAGGAUUUAGCGAGGCUGUUAUUGGUGCAUUUGGACGUCACACUGGAGCAUUAACGCAUGGUGAUGGUGGUAAGUUUGAAAUAAUUUUCAGUCAAAACGGAAUUAUACCUGCACACUUCAGUUACUGACUUGACCGAUUAUUGGCCAGUCGACAUAUGAAAAUGCUUUGUUGCUCAAAUGUCAAAUGAUCAAGUAUUUUACCACUUUUAUCCCCUUUUCCACCUUUUAUCCCAUUCCGCUUCCGCGUUUCCGGAGUUCCGUAAUUCCGGAUCCGUGUUUUAUCUGCACCUUGAACGUGACCUUAUUUAACAACAAUGUAAAUAGUUCAACAAUGUAAAUAGUAGAAAUACUAAUAUCCGUAUCUUAGUUAUGCUGACGACUUGAUCUACUUAUUAUCAUUGUAAUGAGUGGAUCAAGAAUUAUACUUAUACAGUUAUACAGAAAUGUCGGCGUGUACACGGCUCGAAGAUUUAUUAUAUCACUCCACUAAUAUUAUCGAGGUCAUUGAAAUUUUUGUCACAGUUGAUGAUUUUGUGUAUAAACUCUUAAAUCUUUCAAAUUUUUUCCACUAUUUAAAACAACUUGAAUAUUUCAAAUAUACGUCUCAAUUUCUCGAAAUUUUUACUACCAUGAAUUGUACUAUUCCAAUACACAUAAACUUAUCCUCGCUUCCACAAUCACAAAUUUCAAAAUUCUAACUAUCUCAAGUUUUGAAAUACAAAUUUGAAAUUCAAAUGACCCUGUCAUCACGAGAUUUUCUCAUGCAAAUUCAUAUCACGUUUCAUUUGUGGCGUCUCUCAAAACGAAAGUUGAAUUACAAAGCUUUGUUUGCUCUUUAAAACUUCUAGUUAUCGACAAUGUGAAGUGUAAAUCAUUGUAGUUAUGUUGCUUUUACCUUGGAGAUUGUGAGGUGAACUUUUGGUGAAUAAAACGACUAAAUAAUGGCGUGCAGUAAGUACGAUUACGAGCUUGGGUAUGAAGACAAUCGCUUCGAGAUUGUUGUCAGUCAAAGAUUUCACUGCCCCAUUUGUUUCCUGGUUCUUAAAGAUCCCGUUAUGUGCAAGAAUGAACACUACUAUUGUUCUUCAUGUAUGAAAAAGCAUUUGGAAAACUCCUCGUCCUGUCCGACGUGUCUUGAACACCUCAGUGUUGACACACUAAGGCCAGCUUCAAGGAUUGUCAAUGAUUAUAUAUCUGAGCUGAAUAUUCAUUGUGAUUUCUACCCCAGAGGAUGCCCUGAAAUGGUUCAAGUUGAAAAUCUCAAACGUCACGUUGCAAGUUGUGGAUUCUCUCCCGUGCAAUGUUCGAAUGAUGGAUGUAAUGUUCUCGUGAAUGCCAGCGACAAGCUUCACCAUGAAACUGAUGUAUGUGAUUUUAGAAAAUUGAAAUGCCAUGACUGUGGUCAACUCAAGAACAAAGUGAAAGAAAUGAAAAAUGAAAUGUUGGCUCAACAAGAUCAAAUAAAGAAUGAAAUGAAAGAAGGAAUGAAAGAAAUGAUCGAUCAAGUUUUAGUUCAUCAAGAUCAGAUGCAAGAUAGAAUAUCGAGUGAAGUAAAAGAAGAAGUAAAAAAUGAAGUGAGAGAUAUGAAAGUGGAAAUAAAGAAUGAAAUGAAAGGAAUGAUCGAAAACGAAAUGAAAGGAAUGAAAGUGGAAAUGAAAAAUGAAAUGAAAGGAAUGAAAGAGGAAAUGAAAAAUGAAAUGAAAGGAAUGAAAGGUGAAAUGAAAGAAAUAGUUAUGAAUGCAGUGCGAGAUGCAAUAGCGGGAAUAAAAGGUCUCGAAGUUGAAAUGAAAAAUUCAAAUCAAAGAUCACAAGCGACAUGUUCUUCAGAUGUGAGAGAAAAUAUCUUUCUUGUUGGAGGAGAACACAACGAGUAUAAAAGAGUACACAAGAGGAGGUAUGGAAACGUUGUUGUGAAGAAUGAAUCUACAGAGUGUUUCAAUUGGGCUGACCAAACCUGGACAUUGGUGGAUUCUGCAGUAUUUGAAGGUCGUAGCCACUGUUCUUCGUUCUUCUAUCAAGGUCAAAUGGUAGUAGCUGGAGAUGGUGAUCUAUUCAGUAAAAUAAGCACAAUGAAAUGUUUGAAUGUUUCAGAUCCAGCUCCCAUAUGGAAAGAUUUCGCCGUCAAUUUUCCUGUCGAAUGCUCUAAUCCUAAAGUUGUCAUCCAUAAUGAUUUGCUGUUUAUUUCUGCACGAUGUGUAAAUAGAACUAAUGACACGGGGCUGGCUGUUUAUGAGGUACAGUUGGUUCCACCAUAUUCCUGUAAGAUCUUGAAAAGAUUACAACAAACAAGAUCUAAUUUUGGCAUGGAAAUGUUUGAUCAGAAAUUGUUCAUUCUUGGGGGGGAGGAUAGUCGAUGUGAGGCCACAGCCAGUGUGGUACAGUAUGAUCUUGUCAAGAAUGAAUGUAAAGAAAUUCAUCCAUUGCCAUAUGCUGUGAAAGAAAUGGCGACUGUUUUAUGGCAGAAUAACGUGCUUGUCAUCGGUGGCAACGGUAAACGUCCUUUGAGUACCGUGGUAAUGUAUGAUGUCAUAACAGGCCAUUCUCAAAUAUUGCCAUAUAUGAAGGAGAAGCGAUAUGGUUGUACAGCUGUCUUAACAGGCAAUGUUGUUGUGGUUAUGGGAGGAAAGAAUGAGAGGAGCGAAUAUCUCAAUUCUGUGGAAUGUUUUGAUUUAGAACGUCAAGUUUGGCAAGACUUGCCUGACAUGUUUGAACCAAGAGCAUUCGCCACUGCAGUGGUCAAACCAAACCAUUGAACUCAAAGGACAUGUAGCAUAGUUGUUCUUAGACUGUACCCAUUAAGAUAUCGAGGGAACAAAGAUUGUACCCAAUUUAGGUACACAAAAUAAUAUCUAAAUGUUUCAUUUAGAACAUAUGUUAAGCCAUUUCUUUAACUUAAGCCUUGAUCAAAUGAGGAUGAGAGUGUAUGAGAAUUGGCAGUUACGUGAUUCUAUUUAAUUAAGUUAAAACAUAGUUACAACGGGUAUCAAACCUUAUUUUGUUAAUCUGGAGCUUGAAAUGUCCCUGUAACAAUGCGUGACUGUUAACUCUCAUCGACUUUUCUGAUCCUCGUUUGACCAGGGUCUAUAGAUUGGAUAAAAUCGCAGGUUACCCUUUAAAGGAGUAACUAGCUCUGUGGGUUAAACCGGUCAUGUGACAAAGAUUGUAAAAUAAAAUAAAAUAAACUCCUGCCGCGUCAAGUAUAAAGCCCACUGUUCACUAGGCGGAGCUUUUCACGCAAAGUAUAUGAAAAUAAGAAAAUAUCAGUUUCAAAUUUAUCUCCGUGAAUAUUGUCGUUAAAAUUUGAGGUUGCUUUUCGAUUUGCUUCGCGUGAAAAAUUUCGUCCAGUGGAAAAUGGGCUUUGAUAAAUUGAUCCGGCGAUGAGGCACAAUACUAUGCAAUACAUUGAUACAUUGCAAGUGUAAGCUCCAUUGUUUUACCAAAGUUAAGGCACUUUGAGAGAAGUAUGGUGAUAAAAUUUUAGUGCAGUUUUUACAAAUAUAGCGUUCCAGUUAUUUUUCAUUCAGUGGACAGAACUGAUAUAAUGACAUUACUGUAUUGACAUUACAUGGAUAAACGCUUGACUUUAGUUAUUUGGUAUAAUGUACUACGUAGCUCUUAUAUAUACGUUGUUGUUAUUUUACUGUUAUUUUAUGUGGCAUUGGUCAGUUUUAAUGUGCACUCGGUCUCGGAAUAUAUAAUGUGCCCAAAAUUAAUAUGUGUGUGUGCAAAGAACCAGUUGAAUUGGAGCAGUGCUAAUUCCCUUAGUACUAUUUCAAACUUGUCAUUUCCUGACAAGAAAAAUCUGUCAAACAAAACAAACUUGUUUAAAAUAGCAGUAAACACGAAGCUCUAGGAAGAUGUUCUGUGACUGGUUGAUUAUGACAAUGACAAAAGACGUAAUUGGCUUACAUGAACAAAAGGAAUAUUGUUCUUCCUUCGUUAUUUAGAAAAUUCAUUAUAUAGCUUGUUCUGUUGUUAUUGUCAUAAUCAACCAAUCACAGAACAUCUUCCUAGAGCUUCGUGCCGACCCUAAGAUAGUGGCAGACACUUAUUGAAGGGGGAUUUAGGUUGCCUAGAUAUGAUCAGUUCUUUUUGUUGAAAAUCGUAGAUCUUUAGUAAAAACGUGGCUGUAUGUCAAAAAUAAUUGCGUUUCAAUUUGCACCAAAGGUUGCCUCGUGUAAGCAGCGUUGUGGUCGUUUCUGCGCUGUGGUACAUCAUCGAACGUUGUUGGUCCAGAAUGUUGGGACUGAUUUCAACGAGCCGUCAAUUAAACCUGCGUCUCUUAACCUUUCAGCAAUAAAUUUAAUUCUAUACUUUGCUUUAUAGGUAUCCCCACAGGAGAUUGGUAUGGCUUUCUUUAUCGGUCAAUGGCUUUGCUGUUCAACUUGUUAAUAUGCCUUGUGGGCGCAGGUAAGUGUAUAGAAUGUUUCAAAAAAUAUGUCGAACGGUCGGUGCCAGUGUAGACCAUUGAACUAUAAAUAAACUGGAAUGCUAACUGCUAUGAUGAAGGCCUAUGAUUUGAUGAAGCCAAAAUAGUUUUUCUGAGUUAUGAGCAGAAAUACUUGACCCCAAACGUCGGGCUAUAUAUCAAAUUGAAGCUAUUGAAAAUUGCUAUUCGGUGUGGAAAUUUCAAGACUUCAGCGAAAGAAAAAUAUUUAAAAAAUACAAAAACAACUGCAAAACGGCAAAUUAUCGGUAAUUAUGUUUGUAGUUUUUCAAUAUUUCCCUUUUAGCUAAAGUCUUGAAAUUUCUACACCAAAUAGCGUUUUUCAAUAGCUUCAAUUUGAUAUAUAGCCCAACGUUCAGUGUUGAGUAUUUCUGCUCAUGACUCAGAAAAACUAAAAUGCACUGGCUUCAAUCCCCCACUCUGAGUUAGCCUUCCAGUUUAUUUAUAGUUCAAUGGUGUAGACACGCAAAAAUCUCACAACCUGCAGUGUUCGCAACAGGCUUGUAACAAGUUGUAGUAACAAUGUUAUUUUAUCAAGUUGCUAUACAAGGUUGUCACAACAGAUUGUUGAAUUGCAAGACGAUAACAAGUUGUUGGAAUUAACAACUGGUAAUCGCCCUACCGGGUAGUUCUACCAACGAAGCUUUGUGAGAACUAAACUAAACACGAAACGUGGUAUCCUUCCCACCGCAACAGAAUGGUCCAGAGAAUGUUUUGGUUCCUUGUGGCAGAAAGUUCGCAUAAACACCGAAAUAUAUACUCUUUAUACUAUACACCAUGUAAUGUGGUCUCUAUAAAUAACAAGCAGCAUGUGUUUAUUUUUCAUACAUGCAGUACAAUAUUAAACAUGCUGGUCUUAAACAACUUCGUUUGACAUACAAUAAAGAUAAAACAUUCACUGAUGCCUGAUUAUAUGCAAACUCAUGACACUUGUGUGAAGAGAGUCAAGUCCACCCUCUGUCGAAAGUGAUGGGUUUUUCUGCGCGUACUCUGGUAUCCUCCCACAGGGAAUGUUGAAAGAGUUGGUUCACCUGGUUGGAAUUAACCCUUAACCACCGUAGCUGUGUUCCAUGAUCAGACACGAGUCAUAAGCGGGCUGCAAGAGGGGCCCUUAGAAAGCCUUAAACUCGAUCAGGUUAAGGCUGCGUCCUUCGUAAUUCAGCUUAGCUCUGAGCUGUAUAAGUAAGGACGAUUAACCCCAUUAAGAUUUUUGAUCGUACCUGCCUGGUACGCCAAUGACUAUAUUGCUCAAUACUCGAAAGUAUCUAAAAUACAAGUUUCUGAAAGGUAUUCAAAUUACGAGUUAGAAUAAGAAGCACAAUUGCAUAUACCAACAAUCGACUCCAACAUUCUUGGGUCCAUCAGUCCAAACAUGUUUCAUAUCAAGACAUGUCAGACUUACACAUAUACCAACUAAGGUACCAUAUUGAACACCUUGGGCUAGGAAAGGUCAUAUGGUACCGGCAAUAAGUAAAUACGCAGAUAACAAAACUUCCGCGUACCUACGUGGUACCUGGCUGAAAACAAAGAAGUUUCAGAAAAUAAUAUUGGCGUACCUCCGGUACGUAAGUACGAGAAUUAUUGCGCACUUACCUACUUGUGCUUAUUAUUUUGUUUGUGUGUUUCCUCCAGGGAUGUUUGCCAAGACAACAUUUUUCAUUCUACUUGGAGUUAUCAUCUCUUUAUGUUCUUCCUUUGUAAGUUCACAAAAUUUACAAUUGUUAAAAAAAGCCUUUGAGUGAUAGCUGAACACUGAUAUGAAAGCUAAUACUGGAUGGAGUAUCUUCUUGAAUUCAACGAGCCAACUUUUGAAGCCUGGAUAUUUAUAAUGAGAUAAGAUUUUAGAUCAGUCAAAUUAUCCACAUAUCGAAUUGUUAGUAUAGUUCCAUGGAAAUAUCGUGAAUUUCACACGCGUAUUAUUUUUAUUUAGGUAAGUUUUUUUAUUCACAAAAAGAAAUACUUCAGUGAAAUUCCUGCUGAAAAUACUUUAUUUGGGGUAAGAAAUAUAUUCAUUACACAAUAUAUAAAACAGGAGUUCCUUUUAUAUGUAAGAAUUACCGGUAUAAACCGAGAACGCGGGAUAUAAGUCAUAUAUUGACCCGAGGGGCCGCAGGGCCCGAGGGCAAAUAUACGACUUAUAUCCCAAGUUCGAGGUUUUUAACCGACUUAUUUACUAGUUGAGGAGGUUUUUGAACAAGAUUUCAUCAAUUUCAAAGACUAUCCAUAAAGAUUUUUCGGGUUUUCUCGACAAAUUUAAUCUAAUUAUUUAUUCACUGGUUCUAACCUGUAUUUAUCCCGUGGUACAUAAAAGAAAACCGACUUAACUAUAGUAAAUAAUUAACAAUUAUUCACCGAAGCGGAGGUGAAUAAUUCAAGGUAUUUCCUUGCAUUGAUCGGUACAAUCUGUCGAUAACUGUUGACAAUACGUUUGAUAUUUAACAAAUAUAAAACAUUUUCCGUGUUGAUAUACAGUUAUAUCAACACGAGUGGAACUGGGAAAACGAGAAAUUGUAUGGAAGCACGACGCCCGAAGGGCGGAGUGUUUUCAUACAAUUUCGAGUUUUCCCAACUUCCACGAGUGUUGAUAACUAUAUAUCAAUACGGAAAAAAUGUUUUAUAUUUUUUUUAUAUUAUAGCCCGAAGGAUUAGAAAAAUUUCCGUGUUUACAAGCGGCGGAAAAUUUCCCGUGUUGACAUUGAGUUAUAUCAACACGGCUCUUAGCCAAUCAGCGUUCAGAAUUUACAAAUGCUAUAUUAUAAAAAUAGCUGUCAUGUGACUCGAAUCUAUAUUUUCUCAUCAGAACCACACUCCUCAUCUUUUGUAUACGGGCUUCAACUGGACGACGUUCAAGGACAACCUUUGGGUAAUUAUUGUACAUUUUAUUUUUUCCAUUCAAGAAUCACGAAUAUCUUAAUCCACAGUUGACGAGUUACAACUUUUGCGGUACAACUUAAAGGCGCUGUUACCCUAUGCAACUUGUCUUGCAACUUGUGUCGCAAUUUCAAGGUUAACAUGCAUUACAAAAGAUUGCAAGGUGUAACAUACAUCGCAAUCAUUAAGUCUCGCAACAUUUUUGUUGCAGAACCUGAUUCUACUUCGUGCAACGUACAAUGGCAAUGAAAUAUUUUAUUGCCUCAUUUGAAAGAACGUUUAAAAUUAUCUGUAACAUUUUGUUACAGCAAUCGAAAUAGCAAUCAAAAACGAGUUUCGGGUUCCUAUAAACCCAAGAUGACGGACAGCUUAUUGUUUUCAGUCAAAAUAAUUCAAGAAACAAGCAAGAUAUGAAAAAUCUGUAAUAAGAUUUAAAAAAUAAUUUUAAACGUUCUUUAAAAUGAGAAUUUGACACAUUUAAUGAAAAGAUUUAGUGAAAAAAUCUUUUUUUCACAUUUUGGUAGCCUACGUGGCAGGCGGUUUUUUCUGCGGGCAGCGACAUUUUGAUGGCAUCGCUUUUGCUGACGUGAUCUCUCUAUAUAUCUGGAGCGAGAAGUUCAGUCAUUCUAUUAUUUCUAUGGGCCUAUGAGAAAAGCGAUGCCAAGAUGGCGACGUCCAAUCAGCGUCCAAUAGACCCAUUGCGCAUGACGUCACAGCGCCGGGGAGGAUGCAUCUGGAGGAUAAAUUAGCAAUCUAUGCAUAAUAUAACUUUUGUAAACAAAGCAAAUCUUGUAAAACUUUAUGAUAAUUUUGUAUUAAAAUGUUUAAUUUUUGCGCGGUAUUUGGUUGUUGUACCUGAACAGAUAUUGUUAGGGAGCAUCUGGAAGACACCCUCUAAGGAUUUGUGACGUCAGUGAAAUGAGUCUAUAUAGCUCUGAAGGUCAUAAACAGCUUUUAUACCAUUUUCCCCAGCUAAUUCCAGUUCAUAAAACCAUAGUGUUAUUCUUUAAAUCGAUGUCAAAAUACCAAAUUGCAGUAAUAAAUUUACGUGGUGUUUCUACAGAAAGUUUUAAAUGGUCGUAUCAUCUUUUUUAUCAGACAGAACCAACCGUGGAUUAUCAAACCGGAGAGGUUCCGACAAUUUUAAUCAUUUUUGGCGUUCUGUUCAAUGGUGUCACUGGCAUUAUGGGUAAGCUAUCAGCUCAUAUACGACGUGAGUUCGCAGAAUAACUGUUAAAUGUUUGUCUCCAUUCUGUUGCAGCUGGUGCGAACAUAUCUGGCGAUUUAAAGGACCCAGCAAAAUCAAUCCCACGAGGAACUUUGGAAGCAUCUGGCUUCACUUUUCUUAUAUACCUCCUGUUAGGUGAGCAGUUUGUGUGAACAGCUUAGUUAAUCUGGCUUAGCUAAUCUGGCUUAGCUAAUCUGGCUUAGCUAAUCUGGCUUAGCUAAUCUGGCUUAACUAAUCUGGCUUACGUAAUCUGGCAAGGGUGUCCAGAAACCUUGGUAAUCUGAUCUUAACAUGACAUACCAUUUAAAACACAAGCAGGAGUACUUUAUCAGAUAUAAAACACGAGGCGACAGCCGAGUUAAAAAUGGCUUAAAAAAACCAUCUUAUGAGUUCACUGGUGAAGUAAUUUUAACAAUAAACGUUGUAUAUAUUCCGAGAAAAUCAAAGGCAAAGCUAAUGUUUAUGUAAAUGAACAUGAUUUUUUAUCACAUAUAUAAAACCACCGACUGUAGUGAUUUUCUCUGUCUUUUCCUCAUGAAUUAUUAAUGUGUUUCUAAAAUUUAAUAUUUAACUAGACGGUACUUGGAGACUGCGGACCUCCGCCAGCGAAUUAACCUAUCAUGCAUAAUUAUACAUCAUGCAUAAUUAUACAUCAUGCAUAAAUUAUACAAUCGGCUAAUUCGUUUCUGCCUGGAAAAGCAAGCAGAACUUUUGCUAAUAUCAAAUUAAGUCUUAUCCUAAAACAUAAUUAAAGUGCUCUUUUCACAGGAGCGGCUCUCGCCAGAUAACGCAUGCUCCGAUGGCCCUGAGUCUAUUAAUGGUCCAUGCAUUUGUCAUUUCAGUGUUCUUCGCAAGUUGCACUUGUACAAGACCUUUGCUAGUGAACCAAUACAACUUUUUACAGGUUUGAGUUUUAAAUUCAUGUAGCAACGAUUGAUGUGAAUGUGAAAAUAAAUUGUGUAAAUGUGAAAUAUAAAAUAUUCAAUCAUUGUCAAUUUUUAUUCAACUGUAUUUUUUUAGAUUAUAAAUGUAGUCCCAGUUUUGACAACUAUUGGAGUGUUCUUAGCAACUCUUUCUGCUUCGCUGAGUUGUUUAAUUGGUAAGAUAUUAGUAUAUGGUUGGGUCUCUUCUUCACUUGGAGGCUUUGCUUUAUAUCACCCAUGCACAUAAAUAAUUAAUUAUCAAUGAAAUGAUUUUUUAAGGCGCAUCAAGAAUUCUUCAAGCUGUUGCGAAUGAUAAUCUUUUAGGUUUGUAUUCAAACUAUUCAAGAGAAUCUAUUUGUUCUUUUAUGUCACGUAUUUGCGAUGAAAAGCGUUUGACGUUCCUCUCAAAAUUAUUUUGUUUUAGCUUUAUGUUCUUGAAGAAUAAUACUUUUCUUUUACUUUUACUUUUAGGGUCGUUUAUCACGCGUUUAGGUCGAGGUUUUGGUCGAAAUAAUGAACCAGUGUUCGCCGUUUUGGUAUCUGGGUUAUGUGUUCAAGUGAGUAGGGAGGGUAUAUACCAUAAACAAUUGAGCAUAUAUACCACAUUCUGCUUAGCCCGUUAAAUCGCAUUGCGCCUUACUAUAUAUAAUUUUACUCUAUCGAACGCCAGACUAUUUUACUUUGUCUGACGCAAGAAGAUUUUACUUGUCAAGAUUUUACUUGGGGAGAGCGCUGGUGCUCAUUGGGUUACUAGUUAUACCCACUGAUGUGAGAUGCCAAAAAUUCCUAAUAUCAAAAUGAAAAGUUCGUCGCAAGUCAACUUUUUUUGGCGUACUACGAAAGUAUUAACCAAUCAACAUUCACUAAAUUUUAAAAUUUAAAAAAUUCGGUACGGUACGCUUAAAGUGGAAAACGGCCGUAACGCUGAAAUGCUUCUUACUUGCCCAUUCUUACUUGUAUAAAUAACAGUUUGUUUUAUCUUCUAUUCAAUACAGGCUGUGAUUUUCGUGAGUAAAGUGAAUACAUUAGCUCCAAUUGUCAGUAUGUUUUUCCUCUUGUCUUAUGGAGUCACCAAUCUUGCUUGUUUUGUUCUCAAAGUCUCUUCGGCGCCCAACUUUAGGUAAGCAAGUUUAUACACACACCUACAUACUUUAUGUACUAUUUAUCGCUUGCUCCUGCAUAUAUUAAACCACCCUGCCAAAUAUGCUACAACUAUUUAAUUAUUAAUUUUUAGACCAACAUUUCCGUACUAUUCCAAAUUAACAGGUACUGAUAAUAUAGCUCCUUUUCUCAUUUAAACGAUGAUUUUUGACACUCUCCUCCGCAAAGGCUUAGUGUAUGUUUUUAGUGGCUGGCGCAGGCAGGCGGGUUAGAACCGAGCGAUUGUGCAGGGUUAAUAGGGGACAUCCUGGGAUUCACACCCUGCGCGCCCGCUUCUUCUAGCCUGCGACUAGCCCGCCUGCGAGUAACUAAAAAGAAACAAAAAGUCUCUGCGCAGGUUGAAGUUAAUUUUCUGAAAUCUAAGUUUUUUGAAAGGCACUGUCUUCUUGCUCGUAGUCAGAUUUCUCAGUUCAAUCCCUGAAUUUACACUUGCGUAUGUUUUAUUUUUCUCUAGCACUGAUUGGAAUGCUGUCAUGUUUUGCCAUUAUGAUUGCAGUCAACGCUCUUUACGCUUUCGUGUCUGUGGGUAGGUCGAUUUUUAAUGAGAAAAAUUUGACAGGAUUUAAAGCUUGCAAAUGGCUUAUUAGGCUUGCUCAGUCUUGAUUUUCUGCACAUUGAAGAAAAAAAACACGUUUUGGUCAGCAAUCUUUGUGACAGUUUUUUGCGGGGUUUUUUAAUAUUUUUUUUCUGUGUUGGUGUUGUGUACUCAGGUGAAUAUGAUGUUUGUGUUGUUACUCUGAGUGUAUAUCCACACCGGGCAAGCUUGAAAAAUAUGCCUGGCCACGGUGGAAAUCGAACCUACGACCUUUGGAAUACUAGCCCAAUGCUCUGCCAACUGAGCUACGCGGUCAGGUCGGUUCGAGUAUGUGAUAUUUCGGAACAGGAUCUAGUUUCAGAUUUAGUGAUGCAAUCGCAAAUUUCAUAGUAUGAAUUUCACUAUUUUUUUCAAGUGUUAUGACAAAAAAUUUACAUCACCCCUUUCUGGUUUAUUCUCUUACUUAAUCUUUUCAAACUUUUCUUUUUAAGCCAUCAUGAUAAUUUUGUUCUUGGUGAUUGUGUAUCGUGCUCCGAUAACACCCUGGGGUGACGUCACUCAAGCUGUUAUAUAUCAUCAGGUAUUUGAACUUCCUUGCAGGCGUUGUCUCCUGAUCAUUCUCACUGAUCUGAAACUGUGACUGGAUGGAGUUUUCUUUUGAAUCACCAAUUUUGAAGCCAGAAAAUUUGUGCGUAGUUUCGUGGCGCAGGGAAGAGGCAUUGAAAAAUCAUGUUUUUCUUCAUUUAGGUUCGGAAGUAUUUGUUAAGAUUGGACCCAAGACAGAUUCAUGUCAAGUACUGGAGACCACAGGUAUUUUGCUAAAUCCGUGUUUACUACUGUAUUCUUAGAAAAUAGACAAGCAAUAGGCAAAAUUGAAAAAAUUCUGUUAUGUCGUUUUCUUUAAAAAGCAAAAAUGUCAUUUGUUCAAUAAUAUUUUUUGACAUUACAAAAGUUUUUUUUUUAUUUUUGGUAUAAUAAAAGACUUUUGUAAUGCAAUACAGUGUGCAAAAUUUGAACAUAAGUCGCCGGAUAAAAUAAUGAGAUAUAGGGCAUUGUUUUCAAAAGCUAGAUUUUUGAAUGACGUUAGCAAUUUUACUGGCCAGAAGGCGGAGCAGCCAGCCAGUACAGCGUGUUUAUUGGCCAGAAAAUGUCAUUGACUGGCUAGGAAAAUGGCGGCCAACAUGCGUAAUGCGACAUGCGCGAGGACAUAAACUUCAAAGCUUCCGACGUAAGUGGCCCUUCUGUAUGGAUCUUUAUUCUGUGCUCUGGGUGCCCUCUAGUGAAUUAUUAAUGGCGUGAGUAGAUCCUCAAAUAAAAAUUUAUUAACCGUAAUUUUUUCAUGUUUGCAGAUAUUGCUGUUGGUAUCCAAUCCUCGUUCUUGCUAUCCACUUAUUGACUUUGUUAAUGAUAUCAAGAAGGUACGGUCAAUAGUGAAGUGUGUUUGUGAUUUCUUUCUUGGUAACUGUAAAAGUUGUAGAGAAUGAGGCAAGACUACAAAUUGUGACCAGCUCUUUGUAUAGAAUCGGUAAAUGUGCGCUAUGCCAUAGGCGUGAUAAUUAAGUGGAAGACUUCUGUUUUUUAGAGUGGUUUGUACAUACUUGGGAAUGUGAUUGUUGAUCGGUUUGAUGGACAGGUAUAUGCAAACAUACAAAACUUGAUGUUUGUGGUGUUACUCUGAGUGUUCAUCCUCACCGGGCGAUUCAGGCCGGACAUUCAGGCCCUUAGGCUUAAUUGUCUAUUUUUGAAUUUAACAAAUUAUCAUUUAUCCUGUCAGGCCAUUACUCGACACAAUCAAGAAAUUGACCAUUGGUAUAACUUCGUGCGAUGCGCAGAAAUCAAGGCGUUUGUUGAUCAAAUUGUUGCGCCUUCAAUACGAGUUGGGGUACAGAACUUAUUAAUGGUAAGAUGACCGUAAUUUAAUGGCCUGAAUUCAAAUAUGGAAUAGGAAAUCGGAGUGGGUUUUGAGACAACCUGGUCAGCCCACAGUUUAUAGACUAUAAACUGUGGUCAGCCUAGUUGUCUUGUCGAAACCAUGAUGGCAUUAUAUUUUUUAUGAAAACGUUUAUCUGCAUUGAACUAAUAUUUAUUCAAUCUUUUCAUAUACUCGUCCCCAGGGUCAAAGACUCUUUUAUGCGAGUUGUUAUUGUACUCUUGUUGCAGGUGGACGUCCACCAUUUUGAACAUUAUCAGGGGGGUGAAUGCCUCUCAUAAGCGCACUGGCUAGGACCAUAGCAUCGGCAUUUUGAUCAUGACGAAUUACGGUUAGGCCAAAAUCAUAGGAAAAACGAAGAAGUCGUUCUGUCUGUCUCUAUUCUGGAUUAGGAUGCGAAAACUGCAGGCUCGCUCUCUUGUUGGUGAAAGGCGUUUGCACCAACCAUUGUUUUCCUUCUUCUGUUUUGUUUAGUCGUCUGGUUUGGGAGGAAUGAGACCGAACACUGUGAUUUUAGGUAAUUAUAAUAUAUGAUAACAACGUAUUAACUAACACACUUUAAAAACUCAAUAAUUGAUGAGGGAAAGACAAAGGAAAUCGCUGCCGUGUCGGUGUGUGUCGACGACAACAACAACGGCAGCAACAACAGCAACAACAACAACAACAGCAGCAGCAGCAACAACAACAACAACAACAACAACAACAACAACAACAACAACAACAACAACAACAACAGCAACAGCAACAGCGACAACAACAGCGACAACAACAGCAGCAACAACAGCAGCAACAACAGCUACAACAGCAACAACAGCAACAACAACAACAACAACAACAACAACAGCAGUAUUGCAUCAAUAUAUUUUAGUAUUCUCAUUAUGAGUAUUCAUAUAUAUGAAAAUUGAGUCAAUUUACGAUAACGUCAUGAAUUUCCCGAAUUUCAAUGAAGUAACUCUACUCAGUCCAAGUUUAAGGUCCGAUUUAUAUGCUGGUAGUGAUCUUAUAUACGUUUCCUAACUCCUAGGAUAUUUUGACCAACAAGAACCGCAGGAUCUGAUCAGUCAAGGUGUUUGGCAUAGAGCUUACAACAUCUUUGAAAGAAGGAAAAAAGGUGACUGUUGUUUCAAUGCUGAGCUAUUGUUUUAUGAAACACACAUCCGUAUCGUAGUUUACCCCGCCUCUAGAGUCUAGAAUAGAUCUCGUAUGUACGUUUCGAUGUACGGUUGAAAUAAAAUAAAAAACAAACAAGAAAAAGUUAAAGAAAAAGUUUGCUACCGCUAUUAUUUUUCUAAAACUACUAAAUGAUGUCUUUUUAGAGCAAUUACAUCAUGAAAUUAUGGUCAAUCUACCAAAGCUUAGAGAAAAGGUAUGCCUUCACCCAACAUGGUAUGCUUUCACCCAACUCUCAUAUUAUAUAUCUUAUUGGAUUCUUCUGAGCCCAAUAUGGCAAAAUAUUAGGUCGAGACUUAAUAUUUUGCCGUAUUGGGCGAAGAUUAAUUCAAUAAGAGUUUUAUUAUAUCGAACAAAACAAUUCUAGAACACUAAAAAUUGUCAAUAAGGGAUAUUAAUUAAAAGUAAUACAGCGAGAAUAUAUAAAUACAGCGACAACAUUACUACAUAUUAUAUCGGCGGCGAGUUUGCUUAAAUAACUAAACAAAAAGUUAAUAAACUUGUUUUUACAAAUAUGUGUGUAUAAAUAAACUCAAUUCCAUGUAUGUUUAAAGGAAAUUUGACCUAAUUUUAACGAAAAAAUAAUAUUACUAACCUCGAGGCUGUUGCAAACAAAUGAAUUUUGCGAAGACAAGUUUUCCCGCGCUUUUAUAAUUUUGAACAAAACUGGUAGAAAAACCUGUAUUAAUGUCCCAAAUUCUUUUCAUUACUCUGCCAUAUCUCUUGUCGUAUGUUUGAAAUUGACAAAACAUCUGAAAAGGGUUGAAAAACCAUGAGAAAAGCCACGGUUCACAGCUGUCCAAUAUGUUCUUGUCCGGCAAUGGCGUAAUUCGUAAAAUCAGUAAAUCACUAAAAUGUUGGGCUGGCACGUGACCAUAAUAAACACUCGUGAUUGGUUAAGUGCGCGUGAGUGUAUGAUAAUGAGACCUAUUGAAUUUCGCGUCUUCGCGAAUUUUAGCGAAGAAAGGUUUGCUAAGCAUCACAGUUCAUAAAAUAAAAUGGUAAACGUUUAAAAUGCUAAAAGUUCUAAAAAUUCCUUUCGACACUCGUAUUAUUAAUUGCCGGUUUACUAGUUUCGUCGUUUAAUAGACCUCUUCAGAAUCCUCCAUUUUGAUAUUAAUAAAUGCAUGAUAUCUAUAUUUGCGUAACCUGUUUUAUACGUUUUGUAUCAAUCUCUUGCCAGGGCGAACAAUCAAUGCGUGUAGCUGAUUAUGUUGGAGUAAUUAAGGUAAAACUGAAAUCCUUGAAUUUCAUCUUCACUAUAAAAGGCUGGGAAAUCAAUCCUGUGAAGAUUUUCAAUGGCAAUGCUGUGUCGAUUUUUUUGUGCAAACAAGAAAACGUUUUCUUUUUUAUUCUUUUUUGUUAUUGCCUUGUUUAAAAGUCGUUUGCUGUGCUUUUAUAUUCAAAUAUCUUUAAAUUUCAUAAUUUAUGUUAUUUCCAGGACAGUAUGUUGUUAGGAAAGAAUGUUUGUAUAGCAAGAAAGUAAGAAUCUCUUGUUUAAUGCAUUACGAAAUUUCCCGCGCUUUUUGUUUCGCUUUAUUUUGACUUAUACUUAUAGGCUGCGAUGUAAAAUUCUAGUAAACUAUCUAUCUAAUUAGUUUAAGAGAGUUCACUGUUUUAAUUAAAUAGUCUUUAAUUAUGGUUGAGUUACCUCAUAUUUUUCUUGGGUCUUUAACCUUCCCUUAAUCUCGAAAUUCUACCAAUAUUGGCAAUAAAUCAAAAACUUUGCCGACUAUAUCUUGAAAUAGUUUAGCAGUUUUCCUCAUUAAUAUUCAGUACCUGCUCGCAUUUUCCCGCUCCCAAAAUUCCUUUACGAAUUACGAGGCAGACGUACAGCAACGCUAACAUUUACUUUCUGUAUUGUAUUCAGUUUUUCUUCGCUAAACAAAAAUAAUAUCAAGGAACCGGCGUUUAUUGGUAAGUUGAAAAAAAUAAAUAUACUCACAUUUUGAAAAAUGAAUUUGCAUACAAGUAUUAAUUUAGUAUACCGUAGUUGUGGCGAUACUAUUAACAAACAAAGAUACUACUUAACCAGAGCGUUUUUACACUGUCCAUGGAGGUGUAGCAUUGCUCCAUGGCUUCCUAAAUUCUGCAGCCCCUGUACAAGCUAGCGGAAUCUGUUCAUAAUGUGGGCAUUGUCAUAUUUUUUUCCUGUUUUCUAGACGUGUGGCCAGUAAAUGCGAAAUCAAUUGAACAUUGUAAGUAGCAGAUCGCUUUUGAACAUGGCUGACUUUCUGUGUAAAUUUCCCCAAAUAUGGUCGCAACAAGUUUGGUGCACAUUUAAAAUUUUCAUAAAUUUCAUCGUUACUAUAUAUUUGGAGAAUUAGGGUUCUCGUAAAAAAGAAAUUUUAUUUUCCGAAUCUAUUUUCCAUGAUUCCGACCUUUUCAAUUUUCCUGAUUCCACAUGUACAAAAUGCUCCUGCUUUCCUGCUAAAGUUGCAUAAAAUGUUUCCUCGAAUAAUUUCUGGACACACAACUGAUGAAAUCCUUACAUUUCACAAGCUGUAUAUACACAGCAUUCGCGUUCGUUGUAUCAGACCUGCAACAUCUCCCCUUCGGCUCGAGUUUGUAUAUCUGAACUGGAACGCUACCUCCAACCGAAUCUCGUAUCCAGAGUAUGCCCGUUCGCAGGUCCAACACCUAACCUGCGAACGGGUACGAGAUUGCCUCCAACCAGAAAUUUGAAGCCAAACCUGAAGGCCAGUCCCAGUCUUUUGCGAGGCAUAAACACGCGCGGUUUUGCCCCCAUGCUGGCCAGACACGCGUGUCUGGGGGGUCAUAGUUGGUUUCAAUAAAAAGAUAUAGGCAGUUUAUCUGAAGGUAGGGUUCCAGAUAUAUUCAUUUCAUUGUAUCUGAUAGAACACAGACACGAAUGAAUAUGCAUAGAAUUUCAAAUAUUUUAUUUUUAGCUGGUGAAGGAAUAUGCGAUCAUACUUACUUACUAAUACUACAAUUGAGUUGUAUUUUGAAUAUGGUAUCAUUUUGGGAAAGUCGAACCAAGAUAAGACUCAUGUCAAUUGCUCAUGGUACGUAACACGAGAAGAUAACGUGAUCGAUUACCUUCACUAGUGAAGAUAUGAAAGAUAUCUCGCUGUGUAUUUUUCAGUAUCUCACUCUCUACUAUAUAAUAAAAUUUGAUACCUCCGUGUUUCUAUAUUUUUCAAGGUGAUGAAAGUGAAGUGUUGGAAAAGAAUCGCUUAAAGUGUCUUCUUCAUGAACUUAGAAUACCUGGUGAAGUACAUGUAUGCAACGUCCAAUUUUUUUAUCCAUUUUUGGUUGACUUUAUAUAUAUAUAUAUAUCCUGGAUAACUCUAUCGGUUCUAGACUGUUCUCCCUAGACAUCCAGUAAGAGCCAUUUCUUGUUGGUCCAGCAUUACUACAGUACGCCGGGGCGGUCUGAAAACGGCGCAGAAAAGUCCCAAUUCUAUCCGUUCACACAAGGCGAAGCGAAAUUGUUUGAAAACGUCACUUUUACCGUAACAAUUUGAGAGCGGCUGCUGCGGUGGCCAUGUGACUCUAAUUUCAUACUGGAUAAUUUGGUAUUUUUUGUAGAUAGUACAUGACACCGAUGGACUCUCGUCGGAACAGGUAACUAUAUUUUUAUUUCGGUUCUGCCUGUUCAAAAGAGAUAAACCCCCACUCCACCCCUCUUCAGACAGCGACGACAUAUACCCUUGGGAACACUGCUGCCAACGACGGCUAUACCCUUGGGAACACUGCUGCCAAUCGUCUUGUAAGCGGCUCCGAUCCGGGCUAUUCAUUUUAAUUAAUAUGUUUGAGUGGGAGAGGGGGGUUAUUAAAGAGGGGGUUACAGUAAAUACGAUUUCUAUAGUGCAAGUUUACAUGUGAUGACAAAUAAAUCUAAUCAAUAUAGUAUAUAUCUCUCACUUGUAAAAGUUUAAGGGAAGGGGGGGGGGGGUCAUUAUAGAAGGACUUAUUACAGAGGGGGGCUUAUUUGAGAGGGAGGCUUAAUGAUAUAUUUACGGUACGCAUGUUGCCUGGUUUAUCGACUAACUAGCUAUCAUGUUUGUGUCUAGCCAACAGUUGGUACAACAGAGUGGUAUGAACAUCUAAAUCAAUUAAUGAGAGUUUCACUCUGGAAACGCUGGUAGGUUUUAUUCAAUAUUAGUCCUACUGAGAUUUGCAAUGACUUCAUAGACUAUUCUUAGAGUUAAGCCUGGUUCACACCAUAGCUACCUAUUCUGUCGGCGAGAUUUCUCCUCCUGACAACAUGUGAUCGAAUGCAUGACAUGCAAAAGACUUAUAAGGCAAAAAAAAAAAAAAUAUGUGGGUUUCCGGUUUCCCGACCCUACCUAGCUUUUGGACGUCGAAAUCCCGACCCUAAACUUUUUUAUUGGAUCAUGCUUGUAAGCGUUUCCACUUAGAGGAAAAAGUUUGUGGAAAAUUGAAAUUUGAGGCAAUAUUAGGGAAAUUUAUCUUUGGAAGUGGAAGCACUGACUAAACAAAAUGGCGUCCGCUUGUUCGGAAAAUUAAAAAAAAGUUUAAAAAAAAAAGUUAAAACCGACCUACCCUACCUAAGUUUUUAUACAAAGAAACCGGAAACCCACAUAUUUGGCCUAAGGCCUGUUUCAAACGUCGCGCUUCUCAUGUGCCGAACGCAUUAAGAACAAUAGCUAAUCAGCUGAAAUGCCUCAUUAUCUAUUGUUUCUAAUGCGUUCAGCCCAUGAGAAGCGCGACGUUUGAAACAGACCUUAGAAUUGUUUGAGCGACUGUAUACUCUGUGUGCGAGUUCUUAUCCGUCAGAAACACAAAAUCGCCGACAAAAUUGCCUUACGAUUGGUGGUUCCUGCAGUGAGUCGGUACGGUACAUUUAAUUGCCGUAAUUUUGUUUUAUUUCAGCUGUAAUUUUCACAAGUCUACCUCGAGUUCCAGAACUGGAAAAUUUAUAUAAUAAUUUUAUGCGUCAAAUGUCUGUUCUAUCAGGUAUGUAGCUUGUUUAUGUAUCACCAUGAAUCUGUCCAGAAUCACGUAUGUACCUUGUUUAUGUAUCACCAUGAAUCUGUCCAGAAUCACGUAUGUACCUUGUUUUUGUGUGACCAUGAAUCAGUCCAGAAUCAGCAUGAUUCUGUAUCAAAUAUACAAACUCCUUCACGCUCAUGAUUUCUUUCGUGUUUUCCUCAUGAAUUAUUAAUGAGUUCCAUAAGCAAUAUCAUAAAACAAUAUUUUACACUUUGCAGACGAUUUACCUCCAAUAAUGAUGGUUCAUGGCAAUUCAACAGUUAUUUCUCUCGAGCUCUAAUGAUCAUUUAAUAUUAGAUAGAAGUGAACUGAUCAUAGUCUAUCAAGAUAUGAUGGUCUGGAAACUGAACAUAAGUCAUUGUGUUAGGCCAAAAAAAUAUGUGGGUUCCUAUUUCUUCUUAUAAAAACUUAGGUAGUGUAGGUCAAUUUUAACUUUUUUUUUAAACUUUUUUUUAAAAUUUUCCUAACAAGCGGACGCCAUUUUGUUUAGCCAGUGCUUCCACAUCCAAAGAUAAAUUUCCCGAAUAUUGCCUCAAAUUUCCAUUUUCCUCAAACGUUUUUCUCCAAGUGGAAACACUUACAAGCAUGAUCCAAUAAAAAGUUUAGGGUUGGGAUUUUGGUGUCGAAAAGCUAGGUAGGGUCGGGAAACUGGAAACCCACAUACUUUUUUUGGCCUUAUGUUUUUGUCGGAGUUUAUGUUAAUUUGUGCAGGGUCACAGUGACUGAGCUCAUUGUAUUUUCAUAUAAUGAAGCAACCGUCCAAUAGGGAUAGCUGAGAUGAAACGUGCAACCACGAUAAAUAAUAUUUAAUGAAGUUGAGACAAAGGAUUUGUGCACGUUGAGGUACAGUUCAACAUCAAACAAACGUCUUCUAUUUUGCAGCUUUGAAGUUUGCCAGGCUUCCAGACCAUCCUAUCCUGACAGACUAUGAACUGAUUUAUAAUGCAAUAUAUUGAUAUAAAAGUAUUCUAAUAUGUGAAAUAUGUAAGGAAAUCUAAAAAUGGUCGGAAUGGAUUUUUUUUAAUCUUACUUUGUGCUCAAUCAAGAUUUUUCAACUGUGAUGCAACAAACAAGAGUGGUAUUCUUUAUUUUUAAAUCACGUUUUUGUAACAUUAAGAUGCUGUAGAAGUCCGGGUGUUGGAGAUGAACUCACAUUAUUAACUACAGGUUUUCCUAAAUUUCUGUUUCUCUUGACCAUAUCAAAGAAUUUUGCUCUUUCUUUGUUGUUUCUUGCAGCAGCAUGGGAAUGUUCUUCAGACUAAAAUUUUAAAAAUAUUGAUUCAAAGAAGGCAGUAACUAGGACAAACUUUAAAGGUGCAGUUCAGCCUUUUGAAUGAUGGUUUUUAAGGGGCAUUACAACCGAAAACUAACUAUGAAAAUCAAUUUAAGCA